AUGGCUGCAUAUAAAAUAUCCGGUACAGUUUAUUCGAAAAUUCGUCCAAUAUUAAGUGUAUCUCGAGAUGCACGAUACAUGGUAGCACGCAGCUAUCAUGAGAAAGUCAUCGAUCACUAUGAAAACCCACGUAAUGUUGGUUCAUUCGAUAAGUCAGAUCAAAAUGUUGGUACUGGUCUUGUCGGAGCACCAGCUUGUGGUGAUGUUAUGAAAUUACAAAUUUUAGUUGACGAGAAUGGAAAAAUAACUGAUGCAAAAUUUAAAACAUUCGGUUGCGGCUCAGCUAUUGCUUCGUCAUCAUUAGCAACAGAAUGGAUUAAAGGAAAAACAGUAACUGAAGCGAAUACAAUCAAGAAUCAAGAUAUUGCUAAAGAACUAUGUCUACCACCGGUUAAACUUCAUUGCUCAAUGCUUGCUGAAGAUGCAAUAAAAGCUGCAAUCAAUGAUUAUCAUACGAAGAAAGAUAAACAGCAAAAAUCAACUUAA